AUGCUGAGCGAUCACGUGUAUGGUUCAGUUUUAUUUGGCUUAGUUACGAUAAUUCUCGACACCAGCAAUAAAUCAUGUCCUAAAUCAUCUCAUACCUUCAGGUAUACUACGGUAGGAGGCUCGGCAACACAUUCGGCAGUGUAUCCCACUCAAAGUCGCCCUCCCACGCCCUCUGCGCUUUCGGCAAAGGUGCGCAUUUUCCGUGCCCUCCUCAACCCUCAUCUUGGCCUUCUCAACAUCUGGGCGCCCUCCUUAGCUUCUGGACACCUCUCACCCUCCUCAAACCAUCUUCCUUCUGCCCUCCUCAGCCUCUGUGGCAUCUCUCCGGCCAUUCCUUCCUUCCAUCUGGCAUUGUUUUCGCCCGGCUGGUGCCCUUCUACCUUCAUCGCCCUCUGUGGCAUUUCUCCGGCCAUCCUUCCUUCCUUCUUGCAUUGUUUUCGCCUGGCUGGUGCCAUUCUACCUUCAUCGCCCUCUGUGGCAUCUCUCCGGCCAUUCCUUCCUUCCGUCUGGCAUUGUUUUCGCCUGGCUGGUGCCCUUCUACCUUCAUCGCCCUCUGUGGCAUCUCUCCGGCCAUCCUUCCUUCCUUCUUGCAUUGUUUUCGCCUGGCUGGUGCCCUUCUACCUUCAUCGCCCUCUGUGGCAUCUCUCCGGCCAUCCUUCCUUCCUUCUUGCAUUGUUUUCGCCUGGCUGGUGCCCUUCUACCUUCAUCGCCCUCUGUGGCAUCUCUCCGGCCAUUCCUUCCUUCCGUCUGGCAUUGUUUUCGCCUGGCUGGUGCCCUUCUACCUUCAUCGCCCUCUGUGGCAUCUCUCCGGCCAUCCUUCCUUCCUUCUUGCAUUGUUUUCGCCUGGCUGGUGCCCUUCUACCUUCAUCGCCCUCUGUGGCAUCUCUCCGGCCAUUCCUUCCUUCCGUCUGGCAUUGUUUUCGCCUGGCUGGUGCCCUUCUACCUUCAUCGCCCUCUGUGGCAUCUCUCCGGCCAUUCCUUCCUUCCGUCUGGCAUUGUUUUCGCCCGGCUGGUGCCUGCCUCUACCUGUAA